UCAGAUUAGGAAUCAGCCAUUUCGUCAUAAUAUAGGCUGGGACCGAUUCUGAUUUCUGCCAUUUCAAAUUCGAUUUCCGCUGUUCAAACGGAGCUCGCAGGAGGCGGUUUCAUCACCGAUUCCUUUUCAAAACCUGCUUCAUUGGGAUUUGGGGAAGAACUAAUUAAGUGUGGACGCGCGAGAGAGAGAGAGAGAGAGAGAGAGAGAAUGGGAGAAGAAGAAAAGCAUGAUGAGGGUACUCCGACGAGGAUCUUCGUGGGAGGAUUAGGGCAAAGCGUGACGGCGGAUGAUCUCCGAAAAACCUUCUCCUCACAGGGCACUGUCAAGUCUGUCGAGAUCGUCAGAACCAAUGGCCGCAGCUUCGCUUACAUGGAUUUUCAACCCUCUUCUGACAAAGCUCUCUCCAAGCUCUUUAGCACAUAUAAUGGCUGCAUGUGGAAAGGAGGUCGGCUGAGGAUUGAAAAGGCUAAAGAGCAUUAUUUUGUUCGCCUGCGACGAGAGUGGGCAGAAGAUGCUGAACAUGCAAGCGACAAAAAUAAUAAUCACCUUAUUGAAGAUAAACAAACUGAGCCUUCAGAGGAACUCUUGAGCAAAAAGAAGAUGCAGCUGCAAAUUUUCUUCCCUAGAUUAAAAAAGGUGAAAUCUGUACCUUACAGUGGAACUGGCAAGCAUAAGUACAGUUUCCAACGUGUUGAGGUUCCUCCUCUCCCUAUCUAUUUCUGUGACUGUGAGGAGCAUUGGAACCCUCGUGAAAAUGCAGAACAGAGACAAAGUUCUACUCUUGAGCCCCCAAGUGGUGAAAUAAGCAAGGACGAGCUACAUCUGAUGAAUUCAGUGAUGAACAAGCUCUUGGAAAGUGAAGAUAAUGCUAAUGCAAAGGCUGCUGAUGGUAGAGCCAGAUUGGCUAUUGAAGGAGACCAUUCCAGCCACUCAAUUGAUGAUGUGUUAGGGAGUGAAACAGAUAAAGCUACGGAUGAAGAUAACAUUGUAAUGAACAUAGUUACUGGAGGAAACGUAAGAUCAGGUUUGAUGCAGGAUCAUGGAACAAUUUCUGCAAACCAGGAAUCAAGGUCUAGAAAGCGACAAGCUUCUGACAAUAGGCCAGCACAAAAUAAACACAAAGCUCUGAAAAUGAAAAGAACAGAAACAUCUAAUGCUUUUGAACCAACUUCUAGAAAGGAGUCCCAUUUGCAUAUGGCAGGUGAGAGCCAAAGAGAAGAAUUUGCAUCUACUAAGUAUGUUAAGAAAGGGAGCACAGACCCCCACUGUGAAGAGUCAGAGGGCAUCAUGGAAGCACAGCCUACGAAGUCCAAACUUGAUGUCCAACCGAGCAGAGGUCUUUCGUGGGUACAGAAGUCGUCUUGGAGAGAACUGGUUGGUGAGGCAGGUAACAGUUCAUUUAGCAUCUCAGAAAUCUUUCCUGCCAUUACUAACAGCCAAGUGCUGCCAAAAUCUAGUAGUCCAAAUGCCACGGACACCAGUGGCAGCAAAAAGCAGAUAUUGAAAAAGAAUGCUAGAGGUGAAUCUACUGGCAAGAGUUCUCAAGCUUUGGAAAUUGGAAAAGACGUUCCCACAGACAAGGGUACUGCUCCAAAUGGCUCCGAUGCAGUGGAUGUAGGAAAGAAAGAACAAAUUCUUUCGAGUUCUGAGGGUGAGGGAAAGACUACUGGGAACAGUUCAGAGAUCAUGGAACAUGGUAGUAAUGUUAUUGCUGAACCAGUAGUAAAGAAAAACUAUCUGGUACCAACAAAAAUAUCUACUGGGGAGGCUGGCAUUGGAGAAGUUUGCACCUUCAUGAGGAGCGCUGCUUCCGAAAAGGAGUGGAUGAAAACAAAGAUGGCUCUAAGUGGUUCCCUUAAGAAGAAAAGUAAUGAGAAGUAGCACCCUCAUGUGUUUCAGUGGUACAACAGAAAUUUUGGAAAUGACAGUCCAACAGGGCCUUCCCGCCAGGGAAAAAGAGGUUUAUGUAGAAUCCGAAAGAUUGCUGCUUUUCAAGCAUGUCAUCAGUCCUUGUUGCUAUUAUAAUUUCUCUUAACAUGUAUCAAUACUCCUUAUAAAAUUAGUUGUUGCAAUGGUAGUUACUCUUGUUGGACUAA